AUGCAUUUCCGGGAGAAUUCUUCACGUCGGGGCAGGACUUCCGGCCUCCUCCUCGUGGCGGCCAUUUUAACUGCCCUGGGUCUGUUCUCGCUACGGGGCAACGGGGUGACGGGACUGAAAAAAUGCGAGAGGAGGCGCUGUCCGCGCGCCACAGAGGCGGAUCUGAGUUUCGGCGACACCGCCCGGAGUGCCCCGCGUCAGGCCCGGGAGACGGACCGCCGUGUCUGCGUCCCACCUCCUCUCUCGAUGCUCACGGCCCCGUUCCGCCCACGGACUGCUAUGGCGUCUGCGGCGGCGGCGCUGAGGGACCCACCUCAGGAUAGUAUGACCUUUGAAGACAUUGCCGUGUACUUCUCGUGGGAGGAAUGGAGGCUCCUUGAUGAGGUUCAGAGGCACUUGUACCACGAUGUGAUGCUGGAAAACUUUACACUCAUAUCCUCACUGGGUUGCUGCUGUGGAGCAGAGGAUGCAGAAGCACCCUUUGAACGAAGCAUUUCUAUAAGCGUGUCACAGGCCAGGACUCCUAAGGCACCUUCGUUUUCCCAGAAGAACCACUCUGGUCCGGCCUCCGUUAUCAUCAGAGAGUUCACACAGGAUCGAGGCCAUAUGAGGGUAGUGAAUGUGAGAAAUCUUUUCCCCAGAGCCCUGCGCUCCUUCAACAUCCAUGUUGACAGAGGUGAAAGGUCUUAA